AUGAUUACUGAGUCUACACAGACCCCUGAGCCCAGCCCCACCGUCACUCCCAGCAAUUCGGUGAUCAGCACUGACACCUCCAAUUUGUUGAUUACAAUCAACGCUGCUGCCCAAUUACCCGUCAAACUCACGCCUCUAAACUAUCUGUCAUGGUGUACACAGUUCAAUGCCCUCCUCUUGGGGUAUGAUCUUCUAGGCUAUCUAGAUGGCACUCAUCCUUGCCCUCCCAAACCAGCCACUGUCUCCCCCACAUCGCCCCAUACUCUUUGGGUGCGCCAAGACCAAUUAUUGCUUCAUGCGAUUCUCGCUUCCGUGUCCGAGCAAGUCAUCUCUCUUAUCGCUACCACCACCACAUCCAAGGUUGCUUGGGAAAAACUCAACCAACUCUAUGCCAGCAAGGCUCGAUCCAGAGUCAUGGGCCUCAAAGAGCGCCUCUCUCUCAUGCACCGCGACUCCAAACCUAUUUCUGAGUACCUCCAGUGUGUAAAAGCCAUAGCUGAUGAACUCGCUCUCAUUGAUCUCCCUCUCUCUAAUGACGAUCUCGUCAUCCACAUCCUUAAUGGCGUCGCCCCCGAGUUCAAAGAAAUUUCAGCUCCUGUCUGUGCUCGUGAUUCGUCUAUUUCCUUCGAGACUCUUUAUGAUAAACUUGUAGAGUAUGAAGCAACCCUCAAAUGA